UGCUGCAACUGUAUAUGAUGUCUAUAGGUAGCCUACACACCCUGGGUAAGGAUACACUUUUCCCCCACGAAAAAUAGUUUUACAGCUAUAGUUAUUGGUCUUAUACGUCAACAUUAGUGUCAACUGUCAAGGGGUGACAGAUUUUGAAACCCUGGAUGCCGUUCUUUCUAUUUCAAGAUUACGCUGAGCACAAAAUCUCUGAGCACGUUCUCUAACUUGGAAUGUCAUCAACGUUGCUCUGCCGAGUGCGGAUAGGAAGCCAUUGAAAAUAGAUGAGAAGAACCUGCUACAAUGGAUACAAUGGAAACGGUGGAAUGUAUCAGGAUAGAUCCAGAUACUCUGACAAUGCUAGAGGAUGAUGUGGACAUCACUGAGGGAGUCUCCCAAAUCAAUGACGAGGUUGAGGAUCUCCGCAACAGUUUGCGAUUGGCGGUCCAGGAUGAGGCAGUGCGUCCCAAGAUGCAGUGCUUAAUAAUGGACCCCUCCUUCUCCAUGGUUACAGUGCAGGGCGAGGACAGCGGCAUCCAAUGGGAGACCAGCUCCAGCCGCUGCUCCACCCCCUGGGGUUCCGAAGCUGAACCCACCCCUACCGUCGCAUCGGAAUUCUGCUUUCCCAUCAACGAAAGGUCAGUUUCACCUGGAUUAGGAUCUGGAAUGGCAGGUAAAAUAACCUUUGUCAUGGAUGAGGCGAUGAUGGUGAGGAGGCCAAGGAUGAAAAUAAGUAGUGGAGGAGGAUGCAGGAGCCGGGCUGACAGACGGAGACGGAUUCCUCUGCCCACAGGUGAUGACUUAGGUAAGUUGGUUGAGAAGCCAGAGCUAGUGGAGGUGUCCCUGCCCAACGUGAGGGCAAAGGGAGAUGGGGAGGAGGAGGAAACGACAGAUCCCAAAGAGGAGAAGAAGCAGAAUUUGUUCCGCCUGGUGUCAGAAGGCUCAGAGAUCCUGAACAUUGUGGUUCCUCCCAGGCUGGUGAGCAUAGACGAGGAGGAGAGCCAGGGCAUGGUGGACAACCUGUCUUACCUGGAGGAAUCCACCUUCACCAAACCCAGUAACGAAACCAUAGAUGAGGUGUUUGAGGAGGACAACGCACCACCAGAGGAGGGUGGAGAUCAAACGGUGGAACAUACUGAGUCCUCCCAUCUCACCAGACCUGAUCAGACUGACCCUCCCGGGGCUCCUGUGGCAAAGCAGCCCAGACGAGGAGCCACCAGUGACAUGGACUACUUUGAGACAUUUACUCAGAUGGAUGAGCCUGCUCCAGGAGGCCCCACCAUAAUCGAAGAAGGACAGGAGGAUGAGGAGGCAGACUGUGGAGAGGAAAACCAGCAGGCGAGUGAGGAGCCGGAACAGCCCCAAGAUGCUGCACCUGUGACCAAAGACCUGGGAGGUUCCAACACAGGCGUUAGCGGAGAAGAAAUCUCCAGUGACCAUCUGGAUGAGGUGUUCUACGGCGGUAUGGACGAUAUGCCUUCUAAGAACUAUCUGGAAGUAGAGGAGGACGCAGUAGACAAGUCACCCAAGUCCCCCCUGAAGGAGAGUGGAUCGGCCCUCUUCGGCAGCGAGGAGACCGUCCUCACCCCCAUCUUCCUCCCCUCAGGACCCCCCAAAAUCAUCAACCCCACUCUGCUAGAAGAGCCUACGGCCAUGGCCUUCCUUUACACAGACCUGUAUGAAGAGGCGGUGGGCAGCAGGGAAGGAGUGAAGGAGGAAGACACUGAGAGUAUGACCUCUGAAAGGUCCUUCCACAGCAGACACUCAGACCGGGAGGCCAGGGGGUACCUGGAGAAGUUUGUCCUGAAGGACGAGACUCCAAUGGUAGAGCUGGAAGGGGAACCAGCAGUAGAGGAAGGCUUCAGAACUUGGGCACAGGAAUUGUACACGCUGAACAACUUUCUCUCACACCCUGACGAUGCAGUGACAGAAGGGGAGAUCCAGGAGGUUGAGCAUGACAUGACAGAUUUUUUCCGGACUAACGCCAGUUCCUCUCCAUCUGAUGAUCGGUACAUCCCAUCACUGGAUAAAGAAAAGAACCAUGCAGAACCUGUGAAGGAGGACAAACAUGUUAAGGCAGACAAUGUUUUAAAGACGGUGCAGGAAGCACCUCAGCCUCAAGCGGUUGAUGAACAGAAAACCCCAGAGGAGGAGAACAAGACUCAGGGCGUUGUCACAGAUUUAAAUGAUACGCCACUCUCUGACCCAGAGUCUUCCUCUGAGGGGGCUGGUGGAGGGAGUGUCACUGAGCCCCACACAGACCUAGACCUCUCAUUCAAACAUGAUGCUCCCACAGUGGAACUACAAACACUCCCAUCUCUGAGUGACAGUGGAACCAAUCAGGAAGCUCCAAAGCCAGUAGCCCCGCCUAGAAGGAAGCCAGCUGCACUUCCCAAGAGCUCUCUGAAACUAGCGCCACUGGCUCGAGCCCAGACCCCAGUUAAGAUCCUGGAGGAGGGAGUAGGGGAUGGAGGGAAGGAAGAGAGGGAGGAGGAGAAAGAGAAGGCUUCACCAGCUGAGACUGCUGAUGAGGGAGAGGGGGAUGGAGAGACGGGACAGAGGGAGGAGGAGAAAGAUAUGACAUCACCAGUUGACAGCUCAUCCUCAUUUUACCAAUCCCAGAUUGCGCUGGUCUCAAGUAUAGCUACUGACCCAGCAAAAGAAGGAGGGAGCAAAAAGGCCUUAGAGACUGAACCAGUAAAUGCAGAGGACAAAAAGACUGAAUUGGCUGAAGGAAACACAGAACCACCUCAGGCUGAGGAGAGUGACAGCCCCAAGCCAGAGACUGACCCGGUAUUGACAGGACAGGACAGUAAAACAGAACCAGCUAAAGGAGAGGCUGAACCAGCUGAGUCAGCUAAGCCAGAGGUUGAACCAGUGAAAGGAGGGGGCAGCAGUGAGACUGCAUCAGCUACAACAGGACCUAGCCAGACCACUUCUUCCGCUCCUGCCCCAGUGACUGACCCAGCCAAAGAUAGCGGCGGAUGCAUCAUCCUUUAGCCUUAUUUAGGGGGAAAUUACUAUAUCCUUUUUAGUCUUAUUGGCUUUAUGCUGCAGCAGUUUGAAAUUGAGAGGUCAAAUUAUGAAUUGAAGAAAAAAUGACAGAACUUCACCUUUUUUUCUCAACCUGGUCUCAGAGCAUUUCGUAUUAUUUUGUAUGUAAAUCUGAGACACUCCAUUUAAUAU